UCACCCUAUAUAUUAGUGUCACUCAAAUGGCGCCACUGUUGCAACAAUAAUACCCCGUUGUAUACCAAAUUUUGGUGCAAAAUUCACGCGAAAUGUCCGAAUUGGUCUCCAAAUGCGUCCUUCGGGUGGAAGUGAACGACCCGAGCGCUGAUGGGGGUGCUGAGGCCUCAAGUGAGCCGAAAACGGGGCGCAAAUCGCGCGAUAUCAGCGUGGAGACGUUCCCCAGCCGCUUGGAGAGCCCUCGGGAGGACUGGGGCCUCCUCCCGGUGUGCUCCCGCGAGACCACCCCCUUGGAGCCCGAAGACCCCAAAAGCGAAAUUGGGUUUUUCAGCGGCAAUCCCUUUGUCGAAAUUACGAAAGGAAUCUUGCAUUUAUAUAAAGAAGAUGUUUUAAGUGAUAGGAAGGAGGCGUUGACGCUUUGUCUGCUAGGGGUGCCAACCUCAAUGACCUGUCAUGACCUAUUGGCGUUCACAGCCCCCUGUCACGCCGACAUUGCCCACAUUCGGGUGCUCCGGGACUCCUUACCCAACCAGUACAUGGCUCUGUUAACUUUUAGGACGCACGACUCGGCUAUGGAGUUUUACGUCACGUUUAAUGGGGGCCCCUUUAACAGUCUGGAACCGGAUAAUAUCUGCCGGAUCGUUUGGGUGUCGCGCGUGGAGUGGGCCCACGAUGGGGUGCCCCCGCCCGGCCACACCGAGCUCCCCAUUUGCCCCGUCUGUCUCGAGCGCAUGGAUGAGUCAGUUGACGGUGUUUUGACGAUUUUGUGCAAUCACGCGUUCCACGCCAACUGUCUGGAGCAGUGGGGCGAUUCCACGUGCCCUGUGUGCCGUUGUGUCCAAAGCCCCGAACAGGCGGCAAGUUCCGAAUGUGAACAGUGCGGAAAAGUGGCCCAAUCAGCCGACGCACUUUGGAUUUGUCUUAUCUGUGGUCACGUGGGCUGUGGGCGGUACCAAGGGGGCCAUGCGGCGCUCCAUUACCGCGAAUCGGGGCACUGUUACGCCCUCCAAUUGGGGUCCCACCGCGUGUGGGACUACAAAGGCGAUAAUUUCGUACAUAGGUUACUUCAGAAUAAGGCAGAUGGGAAACUGGUGCCUUCGGAAGGCCCCCCUUCCGAGGCGGAGUGCGCGCAAGAGAAAGUCGAUUCAGUGCAACUCGAAUUCACCUAUUUGUUAACCUCGCAGUUGGAGGAGCAACGCUUGUAUUUCGAGGAUAAAUUAGCACAACUUGAUAGUAUUUAUUACGCCGAAAAUUCGGAACUUAAGGCAGAGGUGCUCGAAUUAAGCGAGAAAAAUAGCCAACUUAAAACGGACAUAGCUAAUUUGACCAAGGAAAAGUUGGCUUUGGAGCGAAAAAUCGCCCAACAGAGCGUCAAGUUAAACGCGACUUUAAAUGAUCUGAACGAGGAAAAACAGCUGGGGAAAGCCUUGCGCAACAAUCAGCAACAAUGGCAAACCAAGUUGGGUGAAUUACAGGCUGAGAAAGACACCAUGGCAAAGGAAAUAACCGAAUUGAGGGAACAAGUCCGUGACUUGAUGUUUUUUAUUGACGCUAAACAAGUCAUUGAAAAAUCGGACGAUCGCGAUGACAUUGCCGGCGGUACGAUCACAGUGGGCGCCGAGCCGGCGAAAAAUAAACGAAAAGGCAAGAAAAAGCGUUAAUUGUCUCAUGUGAUUGUUAAUUUAAGUGUAAUUAAAUAUUUGCAAAAUCAA